UUUCUAAACAAGUGGUAGCUUUUUAAGCUAAUUGGCAGAAGAAAAAUUUAAUUAUUCCUCUAAGCUGAAAGUCCAACAUAACUAUAAACAAUUAAUUUUUAACUGGUCGGUGUAGCUCUUAAUAGGUAUUUUUGAAGCCAUGGCUACGGUACGCAUACCAAAGCAAAAGGUUAUACUCUGCGGCGAUUAUGGUGUGGGAAAAAGCUCAUUAUUCCGUCGCUUCACCAACAACACAUUUGUAACAGAAACAGAUCGCAAAUCAACAUUGGGCUUGGAUCAUAUAGACCGUGACUAUACUGUUGGAGAUAAACAAAUCAAGUUACAACUUUGGGAUACUGGUGGCAUGGAACGUGUUGCGUCUGUGACUUCUUCAUAUUACAAAUUCGCUGAAGGUGCCAUACUCGUAUUCGCCAUGGACAAUGCCGCUUCUUUUCAUUCUUUGUCACAACAUCUUCUAGACAUUGUUACUUAUGCAGAAAAUGCAAAAAUUUUCAUUUGUGGAAAUAAAAGUGAUUUAGCAGAACGUGAACCACAAGUGAGUGAUGCCGAAGUAGAAGCAUUUUGUGAACAGUGCCACAGCUUAAUUAGUGCUACGUAUAAAACAUCUUGCAAAACAUCAAAUGGAGUUGAAGAAAUGUUUAGUGAUAUAUCACGUAUUCUCGUUGAGGCUAAUCGCUCUAAAAUGGAGCUGCAAGCCCUUGAACAGCACAGCUUCAAAAUCGAUUCCGCAAUCGAAGCUGAUCCUAGUGAGGAAAGCUCUCAAUGCAUUUGCUAGCAAAUGGGGAACGUGGAGUUCGGCUAAAAAGGAGGAGAAGCGAACUUCAUAUAUCGAAUGGUGUAGUGCUAGAAGGCAUUAAAAUAACUUAUUUAUUUAUUUUUAAUUAUUUAUCAUACCUAUUUAUUUGUUGUUAAAAACUAAUUCUUAACAAAUGACCUAUGUAUAAGAUUACUUACAGUCAGCAUGUCUUAAUUGUUAACUAUAAUUUAAACAUGUUCCAUCCUGAUGAGCAUUAUUCACUAAUUGAACUCUUAUCUGACGUCACAAAAUGAAAUCAUAAAUUUGAUUAACAACUAAUUCAGUUUUUUUUAAUCCGUCCAACAUUCUAUGUUUUAAUUUGACUAAUUACAGGAUUUUAAAAUGAUCGAAUGUUGAAAAAAACCGGAUCACAACGCCAAACCUAAAAAUCAGUAAUCAGGCUUGCUAAAAAGUUUCGAAAGUUGGAUAAAAGGUUUUAUACAAAGAAAAAAUAUAUAAGAUAAUCUUCUCAUAGUAAAACAGUCAUACUAGGUUUUCUUAAACUGAGGCCUAGCUUAUCACAAAUACUCAUAGAUAUAGAAAUUAUUGUAGUCACUGCUUAACUUUGAAUAAAAUAAAUGCGUAUGAA